AUGAAGGUGCCCGCAGAUUCAGUUCUUGUAUUAUGUGCCAAGAACCUUGCAAAGAAAGACUUCUUCAGACUCCCUGACCCUUUUGCAAAGAUUGUGGUGGACGGAUCUGGGCAGUGCCACUCAACGGACACUGUGAAAAACACAUUGGACCCAAAGUGGAACCAGCACUACGAUCUAUAUGUUGGGAAAACCGAUUCUAUAACUAUCAGCGUGUGGAACCACAAGAAAAUUCACAAGAAACAGGGAGCUGGCUUCCUGGGCUGUGUGCGGCUGCUCUCCAAUGCCAUCAGCAGAUUAAAAGAUACUGGAUACCAGCGUUUGGAUCUAUGCAAACUAAGUCCCUCAGAUACUGAUGCAGUUCGUGGCCAAAUAGUGGUUGGUUUACAGACACGAGACAGAAUAGGCACUGGAGGGUCUGUGGUAGACUGCAGAGGCCUGUUAGAAAAUGAAGGAACCGUGUAUGAAGACUCAGGGCCUGGAAGGCCACUCAGCUGCUUCAUGGAGGAACCAGCCCCUUACACAGACAGUACUGGUGCUGCUGCUGGUGGAGGCAACUGCAGAUUUGUGGAAUCCCCAAGUCAAGAUCAAAGACUUCAGGCACAGCGACUGCGGAAUCCUGAGGUCCGAGGGUCACUCCAGACACCUCAGAACCGACCCCAUGGCCACCAGUCACCGGAACUGCCUGAAGGCUAUGAGCAAAGAACAACAGUGCAGGGCCAAGUGUACUUUUUGCACACGCAGACUGGAGUUAGCACGUGGCACGACCCCAGGAUACCAAGCCCCUUGGGGACCAUUCCUGGGGGAGAUGAAGCUUUUCUAUACGAAUUCCUUCUACAAGGCCAAACAUCUGAGCCCAGAGACCUUAACAGUGUGAACUGUGAUGAACUUGGACCGCUGCCACCAGGUUGGGAAGUCAGAAGUACAGUGUCUGGGCGGAUAUAUUUUGUAGAUCAUAAUAACCGAACAACCCAGUUCACCGACCCAAGGUUACACCACAUCAUGAAUCACCAGUGCCAACUCAAGGAGCCCAGCCAGCCGCUGCCGUUGCCCAGCGAGGGCUCCGUGGAAGACGAGGAGCUUCCCGCCCAGAGAUACGAGAGAGAUUUAGUCCAGAAACUGAAGGUCCUCAGACACGAACUGUCACUUCAGCAGCCCCAAGCUGGCCAUUGCCGCAUCGAAGUAUCCAGAGAAGAGAUAUUUGAGGAGUCUUAUCGCCAGAUAAUGAAGAUGCGGCCAAAAGACUUGAAAAAGCGACUGAUGGUGAAAUUCCGCGGAGAGGAGGGUUUGGAUUACGGUGGCGUGGCCAGGGAGUGGCUUUAUUUAUUGUGCCAUGAAAUGUUGAAUCCGUAUUAUGGACUCUUCCAAUAUUCUACGGACAAUAUUUACAUGUUGCAAAUCAACCCAGAUUCUUCAAUCAACCCUGACCACUUGUCUUAUUUCCAUUUUGUGGGUCGGAUCAUGGGUCUCGCUGUGUUCCACGGACACUACAUAAACGGGGGCUUCACGGUCCCCUUCUAUAAGCAGCUCCUAGGGAAGCCCAUCCAGCUCUCCGACUUGGAAUCGGUGGACCCAGAGCUCCAUAAGAGCUUAGUGUGGAUUCUAGAGAACGACAUCACCCCUGUGCUGGACCACACUUUCUGUGUGGAACACAAUGCUUUCGGGAGGAUUCUUCAGCAUGAACUGAAACCCAACGGCAGAAAUGUUCCCGUCACAGAGGAGAACAAGAAGGAAUAUGUACGGUUGUAUGUAAACUGGAGGUUUAUGAGAGGAAUUGAAGCCCAGUUCUUAGCUCUUCAGAAAGGGUUUAAUGAGCUCAUUCCCCAACACUUACUGAAGCCUUUUGACCAGAAGGAACUGGAGCUGAUCAUCGGCGGCCUGGAUAAAAUCGAUUUGAACGACUGGAAGUCCAACACUCGGCUCAAGCACUGUGUGGCCGACAGCAACAUCGUGCGCUGGUUCUGGCAGGCGGUGGAGACCUUCGAUGAGGAGAGGAGGGCCCGGCUCCUGCAGUUCGUCACCGGGUCCACUCGAGUCCCUCUCCAAGGCUUCAAGGCUUUGCAAGGUUCUACAGGCGCGGCAGGGCCCCGGCUCUUCACCAUCCACCUCAUCGACGCCAACACCGACAACCUCCCGAAGGCCCACACCUGCUUUAACCGGAUCGACAUUCCGCCUUAUGAGUCGUAUGAGAAGCUCUAUGAGAAGCUGCUGACGGCGGUGGAGGAGACCUGUGGCUUUGCCGUGGAGUGAGCGGCAACCAGAGGCCACGGAUUCUAGCUCACGACACCAGACCCAAAGCACAGAGCUUUCUGUGCGCCUCCCUCGAGCUGGCUGAGGCGCCGAGUUCUAGAUGACCUGAGGGAAGGGUUGUCUCCCUUCCUUUUCAUUGGGGGAGCGAGGGGGGUGGGGGGACUUUGGUCGGUGGCUCCCACCCACAUUUUCCUCCUUCACGACAGUACUCCCGCCCCCUUCCAUCACCCAUCCAAUAAAAUGCAGCCAGGUCUAGCACUGGCUUCGGUCACACAGGAUAUUCCGCUGCGGUUGUAACACAGGGCGGUGGCUCUGCCCUGUGUCUUCCUAGGAGCCUCAAGCCGCAGUCGUGGACCUGGGCCUGGCUGACUGAGGGUUCGUACAGGUAGCGAUGCCAGCUAUUCUGUCUCAAAGCCGUCCUGAGGCCCCCUUCAAGUCCAGUGGCUCAAAUUCCAAAUCGCACCUCCUCGCAGCCUGCUCUGGGGAGCAGAUUAAUUUCUAAGGGAAAAAUAACUGUAUGAUACAUGCUUAUUAGAGUUCUGCCACGGCAGGAAGCUCGAGUCACAAACGUACUUCCCUUUUGGAGAGGUAAAGGAAUGGGGCAGCUGGUGCUGGAGGCCCGGGGUCUUUCUUUUCAGGGCAUCCUGGCUGAAAAGUUCAUUUUGCAUAGAGAAAAAUGAUUUUUCCUUUUAAGAGUCCCUUUUGCCACAUUAUCUGUCCAGUUCGAAAUAUUUUUUUCAGUGACAACACCACAUAUCGGAACUGAUAGAAGAACAGACGAAAACCAGCCGCAGAUUCGCGCGGCCAGUCGCAGGCGGUGGCUCCACGUGUGCGUAGAAGAGCGUCACCUGGGUCCCUUGGUCACUAACAGCGAUGAUGCGGAAAUUGCUAAGAGCUGACUAACAAGACAAAAUUCUCUUAUUGCAGCUGCUGGCUUUGUGCAAACUAGGUUCAAAGGGAGAGGGGGACGGGUCACCUCGAUGACCUGAAUCUACCACAGGUGGUUGCUUGACACGCAGUAGCACGUGGGUGUCAACCUGACAGCAGGGCGGUUCCACCCUGACCCAUUCGGCCCAUUUCCCCCCGUCAGAUGGCGACACUAACAGUCGCUCCAUAGUGCACUUGCCCAGAUGUCUUCAGAUGACGAGCAAGGCCAAAGCGAGCCUCCACCCUGAGUUUCUACCACCAUUUUCCAAUUUGCACAGAAGUUCAAACAGUAUUUCAACCAAGUGGCUUGAUUUCGGGUAGCUAAGCUUCAGUGAAAAAUGGCAGCAGAAGCAACUUUUCCCGUCUGGUUUUUAGUUGUUGUUUUUGUUUCGGGGGCAACGCAGGGCAAUUCCUUAACAUGACAUUUCCCUGUUGAAAUUUCGUUGUGGAAGUUUCCGCGUUCAGCGUUGGGAUCCAGCUGUGGGUCUGAGGUGGGUCCGGGUGGAGCUUUCGGCCGACCGUUUGACCUGUUCUUUUUGUCACCAGUACCUCCAGACUGGGGGGGUCGGAGGCAUCCUUCCCCUUGUGCAUCUUGCUGGGGUUCUUUGGCUUGGCCCGGAAGUAGUCUGCGGUUUGGCAUGGGGAGCAGCUCGGACCUCCUAGGACAUGUGUACUCCCCAUGAACGAGAGCUUUGCCCGGUUUGGUGGCCGAGGACUGCCGGCUGUGGGCUCUCAGGGCUGUGAGAGAGCCACGCUUCUGGGCACUCACUGAGGUUCCAGGAUGGAAGGACGUCAAGUGCAAUUGGCUGCAGAGGAAAAUUGAGUCCAUUCAAAAAGUCCAGGCCAAACUGUGGGCUUAGUCUUUCAAAAGUUCUGCCUUGCCCCGGUUGGGCUUCUCCUGUGUCUCGUUUACCAUGAUACCUUCUGAGGGCGUUCUAGAAGCUGGCUCCCCGGUGACUCCAUCCGGGCCUCCCUCAUAAUCUUCCUCUGGAAGUGUGAGGAAACAAAAAAUGAAAGACACCCCCUAGAGAGCUCUGCUUCCUACCAUGGACGUAAACUGUGGGAGGAGGAGACGACACCCAUCAGAGAAUUCAGGGGACCUCACGCUCGAAGUAGGAAGACCCACCUGAUUUUCCUGUGGUGUUGGCCAAAAUCUGCAGUAGUUCGGAAGGAAGCGAGGGUCUAGCAGGAACGUUGCACUUGACUCCUCUAAAGCCGCCUUCCUGCCCUGAGGAGGAGGGAGCGAGCCCUAGACUGCCCCUGCCAGCCCCAUGCUGCUCUCGGGUCAGGUGUCCCCUCAGCAAGAUCCAGAGGGUCGUGUCCUGGCUGCUCCUUGUGUGCUCAGGACAUGAGUCACCCGUCCCUGAGGCCCGGGGCCCUGCGUCUCCACUUACACUUGCACGCGCCUCAGCUGUGUGAGUGUAUGAAAGCCUGGAAGGGCAGAACUUUCCAGAGCCCCGGUUUACUCUUGCCAACAGGCCUAUCAGUGGCACUGCGCUUCUAGAACCUUAAAUAGGGACAGUGGACGGGGCCUUGGAACCACCCCAAAGAACAGGAUGGCAAGCAGUCGGUGGAGGCUCCCGAUGAUUCUUCUUGGGUCUGUGAGACCCGUCCACGCGUGCUCUCAGUUGUCACCCUUCUUGGUAGUCCCAGACCACCCACGGUCCCCCUUGCCUCUCCGCCCAGACGCUUCAGGGGCCCGAUGUCAGGCUUGCCCUCCCCAGCGGUCAUCGGCCGACCCUCAGGGACGUAGCGAAUCACCGCUCUGCCAGGGCUUCAGGUCGGGGGACAGAGGGGCUGCCUGGUGACAGCAAGUGCAGCUCCCUUGACUAAUGAAGGGGGAAUCUGCCCGCCCGCUGGGAUUGUGGCCCCUCGGCUGGCGCAGCCGGAGGGUCCCAAGUUCAGGGUAGGUGGUCCUCCCGUCUGAGCUGGCAGGAGUGGCCUUCUGCGGAGGAAAUGCCCCGCCCCGCCCCCCGCAGCCAGGUGGGUGCCGCACGGCAGCCUUCCCGAAACGCAGUAUGAAUUUUUAAAAUUUGUUUAUUUUUGUUUCUCAACCACUUUAUAAUGUAUUUUUUAAUUUAUUUUGUAAUGUCUUGUUUUCAAGUAUUGCUGCUAUCCCUGUUAGCCUUCCCACUGUUUUUAUUGCUGAUUUAUUUUGUGAAAGUUGUACACUAAUGUUCUGUUUUGUCAAAAUCAAAAGUAUUUAAAGAAAUACUAGUUCUAUUUAAUGUGGUUAUGGAACCAGCUGGAAACACAAAACAAACAGUGAUUGCACAGCAGGCUGGACCCGGGAGGUCAGGUUCAUUUUGUUACAUAUGCAAUAAACUCACGACUUUA